AUGGCCAACCACUCACAACUCGGUUUCCAAGACGCUUCCUCACCCAUCAUAGAAGAACUCAUUCAAUUCCACGACCAUGCCCUAAUGGUCGCCCUUGCCAUUUGCAGCCUAGUCCUUUAUCUCCUGACCCUUAUACUCACAGAAAAACUAUCAUCAAGCACAGUCGACGCACAAGAAAUCGAACUUGUCUGAACAAUCCUCCCAGCCAUAGUACUAAUUACACUUGCUCUACCAUCCCUACGAAUCCUCUACAUAAUAGACGAGAUCAACGAACCCGACCUCACCCUAAAAGCCAUCGGCCACCAGUGAUACUGAACCUACGAGUACACCGACUUCAAGGACCUCACAUUCGACUCCUACAUAAUCCCCACAACAGAACUGCCACUGGGACACUUCCGUCUACUAGAAGUCGACCACCGCGUCAUCGUCCCCACAGAAUCAACCAUUCGAGUAAUCGUCACCGCUGACGACGUCCUCCACUCAUGAGCCGUCCCAAGCCUGGGUGUUAAAACCGACGCAAUCCCAGGACGCCUCAAUCAAACCUCAUUCCUCGCCACCCGACCCGGAGUCUACUAUGGACAGUGCUCAGAAAUCUGCGGAGCCAACCACAGCUUCAUACCAAUUGUAGUAGAAUCCGCCCCACUCGCCAACUUCGAACACUGAUCCUCCCUAUCAUCCUAA